AAUUGAUACAUGCGUUCUCUUUUCGUUGAUGUAAACAAGCGAAAGAUAAAAUGUUAUAAAUAAUGUUUUCCGCGUGUCUGCGUUAGUGAAAAGUGAAUCUAAUUGUUGAAAAAGAUUUUUAGAAUUAGGUUACUACAAUGGAAUUUUGUAGAUUCAUGAUAAAACUUUUAUUACAAUAAUAUUCUACAAUUCUAUUUGUUUUAGUUAUCUAGUUAAUUUCUUUGUGCGAUUAAAAUGUGAGUGAUUUCAUAUAUUUUUUUGUAAACAUGAAUGUGGACGUUAGUGGUGAAAGAAUUAGAAAUCCGAAAGAAUAUGCAAAUUUUUUGUCGAAAAUAACAUUCUUUUACAAUGUUGGUAUAAUAUGGAAAACUUACAGAACAGGCAGUUUUAAAGAAAGUCAACUUCAUGAAGUUCCACUCAAAUGUAAGGCUGCUACAUCGGGAGAUGAAUUAGAAAAAUAUUUAAAAAAGGAUAUACAGGAAACUAAGUUUUCCCUAACAAGAGUUCUAUUUAAAUGUUACGGAACCAAAUACUUAAUUUUAGGAAUUAUACAAUUACUAGUAAGGUCACUAGUAAUAACAACUAUACCAAUGACUCUCUCCAAAGUGGUUCACUAUUUUCAACCAGGCCAAACGGAAUUUUCAAAAAGAGACGUGAUAUUAUCCGCCUCUUUACUCAUUUUACUUAAUUUUUUAAACGUAACUUACCUUCAUAACUACCUUUUAACGAUCUCAGAAUUGGGAAUCAAAAUCAGAACAGCAGUUUGCUCAGUGAUAUUCAGAAAGUGCUUGAAAAUUUCUUCAGCGACAUUAUCGGAUUUGGGUAUAGGAAAAAUUGUUACACUGAUGACCAAAGACGUAAAUGCUAUCGAAACGUUUAUUUUCUAUUUUAACGAUACUUGGGUUGGGAUUGUUCAAGUUUUAAUUGUGUUUUAUUUGUUAUAUGGAAAGACGGGACUGUCCGCUUUAAUUGGAAUGGGUUUGUUUGUCGCCAUAAUACCAGUACAAAUAUUAAUUGGAAAAAUUACAUCUACCCUUAGGUUAGAAUCUUGUAAAAAAGCUGACAAAAGACUGCAAAAGACGAAGGAAGCCUUAUCGGCUAUGACUACAAUAAAAAUGAAUAAUUGGGAAGAUCAUUUUGAAGAAAAUAUUAGUAAAUCUAGAUUGAAAGAAAUGAAGAUCAUGUUAAAAAUUGUCCUAUACAAAAUUGUUAUCCUGUUGCUAAGCAGCCUGACUUCCAAAAUCGCCUUUUGUUGCCUCCUAACCUCUUAUGUUCUUCUUGGCAAUGCUAUUUCAGCAGAACUAGUUUAUUACGUAUCAAUGCUAUUUUUAAGAAUUAGACAUGCUUCCAACGUUGCCAUACCAAUAGGAGUGACUGUCAUAGCUGAGAUGAAUGUAUCGAUGAAGAGGAUUGAACAAUUAUUAACAACAAAGGAAAUUUGUAUGAUGAAAAAUGAGUUAGAAGAGCAAAAAAAGUCACAUCUCUAUUUAAUAGAUGUUUCGACUAAAAUUAACAAUGUAAAAAUCAUAAAUAACAUUAAUUUAAAAGUCGACUGUGGCUUGAUUAUAGUUAGCGGUGCUAUUGGAAGUGGGAAAACAACCCUUUUAAAAACGAUUUUAGGUGAAUACGAAUUACAGACAGGAACGAUUUUGAAGGAAGGUAUCAUUUCUUAUGCAUCUCAAGAACCCUGGAUUUUCCCUUCUACUUUGAAACAGAAUAUUAUUUUUGGUGAACAAUUUGAUCCACAACGGUAUCAACAAGUCUUAGAUGUAUGUGCUUUGAAUGUUGAUCUUAGACAUAUUCCAGAGGGAGAUUCUCAGAAAAUUGGAGAUAAAGGUACUAAUCUCAGCAAAGGCCAAAAAGCAAGAAUUAAUUUAGCAAGGACUGUAUACAAAAAAGCAGAUAUUUACUUAAUAGACGACGCUUUAUCAUCUUUAGACACCCACGUUCAAAAACACGUUUUUCAAAAAUGUAUUAAAGAAUUUUUAGCAGAUAAAAUUUGCAUUUUCGUCACUCAGACCUCGCAAUUCAUUCGAGAAGGAAAUAAAAUUGUAAUAUUGGAUAAAGGCGUAAUAAUAUUUACGCAAAAAAUAACAGAUAGGAAUAAGAUUGAGUUUAAAACUUUUUUACAAAAAGAUCAAAUAUUUGAAUCAGAUUUGGAAGUUAAUAAUAAUGUUGAAGAUUUAGAAAAAAUAUCAGAAACUUCUACAUUAUUAACCAACACAUCAAACAAAGAUAAAAUAUACGAAGAGAGUCAGAAGUCCGGUAAAGUGAGCUUUAAAGUUUACCUACAAUACUGCACUUAUGGAGGAGGAGUCUUCAUAGUUGUAUUAUUUUUUAUAUUUUUCGUUGGAACACAUUUUUCAAAAAGUUAUACGGACAAGGUCUUAGGCAACUGGGUAAAUGUGGUGCAUGAAAAUUCUAUAACAAAUACUAUUGACACAUCCACACAACAAAAAAUAGAAAGAAGUCUGCCUCUAUUACUUAACUACAUUACUUUUACAUUAUCGACAACAGUAUUGUCUAUAGUAUCAACAUUUUUGUUGUUUAAUUUUAGUAAAAAAGCUUCUUUAGGACUACAUAAAAGAAUGAUCAAAUCUGUCCUAAAUUCUUCCAUGAAGUGUUUCAAUAAACAUUUAAUUGGAAAUAUUUUAAAUAGAUUUUCCAAAGAUUUGAAUAUUGUGGACGAGCAGAUUCCGUUUGCUUUAUACGAGUUUUUAGAGAUAUUUUUUGGAAUAAUUGGAAUAGUUAUUUUAAUAGCUACAGUAAAUGUUAUUUUCCUGGUACCCACAGUUAUAAUUUUUGUGGUCCUAUAUUUUUUGACAAAAUUGUACAUGCCUACGGGAAGAAAUUUGCAAAGACUUGACACAGCAACAAGAAGUCCAGUCAUAGGAUACUUAAAUUCCUCAAUAGAAGGUCUAACAACCAUAAGAGCAUUUCGAGCAGAAAAUGUCCUUGUUAAAGAAUUUGACAGGCAUCAAGAUCUGAAUACGUCAGCCAGUUUUACAUCUAAAGGUUGCGACAGAACUUUUGGUUAUUACCUGGACGUAUGCUGCACUAUUUUCAUUGGUGUAAUCCUAGCAUUUUUUAUAAUAUUCGAUAAAGAAUCUUCUGUUGGCGACGUGGGUCUGGCGAUUACCCAAGCUUUCAUGUUAACUGGCGCAGUCCAAUACGGAAUUCGAAAAUCGACUGAAAUUGAAAAUAAAAUGACUUCCACCGAGCGGAUUUUGGAAUACACAAAUAUAGAAAAAGAAAUUAACGAGCCUAUUGUAGAUUAUUUUGGAUGGCCUACUGAUACUACCAUCAAAUUGGAAAAUGUUUCUUUUACGUAUACGGAUGACGAUCCAUAUGUUUUGAAACAUAUUAAUUUGGUCAUCGGUCAAAGAGCUAAAAUUGGAAUAGUAGGAAGAACAGGUUCUGGUAAAUCAACAUUAAUUUCUCUUCUUUUCUAUAUAUAUCCCUACGAAGGUACCAUAUCCAUAGGAGGUGUAGAUAUAAGAAACAUACCCCUCAAAACGCUUCGCUCAAACAUUUCCAUUAUUUCGCAGGACCCUGUACUAUUCAGCGACACAAUGAGGACAAAUUUAGAUCCGUCAAAUCAACACACCGAUCAAGAAAUUUGGUCGGUUAUUCAAAUGGUCCGACUGCAAAAUUUAAUAGUAUCUUUGGAUUUUAAGAUAACAUCGAGUUCGAAUUUCAGCCCUGGGCAAAGACAACUUAUCUGUUUGGCUAGAUGUUUACUUACAAAAAAUAAAUUAAUCAUUUUAGAUGAGGCUACGUCCGAUAUGGAUUUGGAAUCAGAAAAUUUGAUUAACAAUAUUUUGGACCAAUGUUUUAAAGAAUGUACUUUGGUGAUAGUAGCCCAUAGACUCAGUACAAUUUUAGGUUGUGAUAGGGUUGUGGUAAUCGAAGAGGGAAAAAUUGUCGAAACUGGGCAGGUAAACCUGUUGAAAAAUGAUCUCAAUAGUAUUUUUUAUAGUAUGUUGGAUAAAUGAGGUUUGACUUGAUGGCGUGAAGAGCUACAUCACACUUUUUAUUUAUAAUUUAAAGAAUUAUGUGACUUAGAUACACUAGCUAGAAGUCGUUUCAGGA